AUGUCCAGCGCUAUGAAUAAAACAGCAGCCCUUGUUACACCGAAUUCAGCUGUGUGUAAAAGUUGGAUUUUUCAACAUCUGUCGGUCGCUUUUAGUUUUAGGGAUUCGUAUCGGUAUUACCUGGUUGAGGAUAAAUACACCAUGUCUAUAAUUGAAAUAAUAAAAGAACGAACAUCCGGCUUGAGACUGUCAACUCGAAACGACAACGUGCGGGGAUGUUUGAUUAAGGAAUACCAUUUCAACUGCAGCGUACCAACAUUCCUCAAAGAAAUACACUUCACCAACUUUUACACUAAAAGCGCUUCUGCACACCUAUGUUACCAAGACACGGCUUCUGCAGAACCCGUCUGGGUUAAUCUCUUCAAAAUUCAGAUGAUGAAAGACAUUCACACUUCAUUUGGUGCAUGUGCUGAAGUUAGAAUAACACUCCCAUCAACUUUCGAAACAGUUAAAUCACGGAAACGGUUAUUCAAACUAUGUAUACAGUUACAACAACCCUCCUUAAUGUGGAAAGAAUAUACAAUAACAAAUGUGCAAUUCUUUGAUGAGUAUUUAGACAAUUCUAACCAGACUACAACAGAUUCCACUGAAGGUCGACACACACAUCUAAUCAAUGAGACACAGAAUGCUUUGACCACACUUUGCACACUAAUAGAAUUUAAACAAACGAUACAAAGCCGUGAACUUAACGAAAUAGAUAUCUUAUCACUAUCUGACGCACACUUUGAAAUUACUUGA